AUGUCAAAGUUCAAUUCGGAACUAGUCAGUUUUAAAACUACUAGAUUGAGUGAACAGCAAAAAUGUCAAGUAAACAUAUUUCAAAUGAGACCAAUCACAGGAAGAAAAUUCAAUGUACAGCAUGCGAAAGUCAUUAUUCGACAAGUUCUUGAACAAUUUUCUGCAAUUAUCAACGAAAAUGAACACGGUGGUAUAAUAAUCAAAUGCAAAGCGACAAAAUAUUCUCGAAUGAAACAGUCUGUAUACGAUGUAACCAAUCGAUUACGUGAAAUGAUAUUAGCGAAUAUGAUGGCGUUUAACAUUAAAACAGAUGGUCGAUAUAAACUGAUUGUUUAUGUGAUUCAUGUAGAUGAUAAUUCAGAGAAUAGUUCAUCAUCGCCUUCAUCUAGCAUUUUAGUUACAAGUCGUGGAUUAUGCAAUAAUGAGACAGACUGUUGGGUAUCUGAUACCGAAAGAACUGUAUACGGACAAUUUAUUGCGGUUGUUUAUGCAUGUUAUCAUGAAUAA